AUGGCAGCCUGUCCCAGACCCAUCUAUGCCAAGGGUUCCCCACCCUGCGAGGCGCACGGGCCGGCGGAGGCUCGCUAUCCGUUACUCAUUAGCCAGCCUCCAUUAGCCAUGGAAAGAGGAGCGCGGACGGGACGGCGUGGGAGCGCCCCCUGCUGCCGCACGGCCGCCACCGCGGCCUCAGGCUUUGGAACAGCUCCAGCGACGGAGAGCGACCCACAACCCGCCGGGAGACCCACAGCCCCCGCCGGGGGAUCCACAGCCCCGCUGGGAGACCCACAGCCCCCGCCGGGGGAUCCACAGUCCCGCUGGGAGACCCACAGCCCCCGCCGGGAGACCCACAGCCCCCGCCGGGGGAUCCACAGCCCCGCUGGGAGACCCACAGCCCCCGCCGGGGGAUCCACAGUCCCGCUGGGAGACCCACAGCCCCCGCCGGGGGAUCCACAGCCCCGCUGGGAGACCCACAGCCCCCGCCGGGGGAUCCACAGCCCCGCUGGGAGACCCACAGCCCCCGCCGGGAGACCCACAGCCCCCGCCGGGGAAUCCACAGCCCCCGCCGGGACACCCACAGCCCCCGCCGGGACACCCACAGCCCCGCUGGGAGACCCACAGCCCCCGCCGGGAGACCCACAGCCCCCGCCGGGGAAUCCACAGCCCCCGCCGGGACACCCACAGCCCCCGCCGGGACACCCACAGCCCCGCUGGGAGACCCACAGCCCCCGCCGGGAGACCCACAGCCCCCGCCGGGAGACCCACAGCCCCCGCCGGGAGACCCACAGACCGCAGCCAGGCACAGAGACGCGCUGUCUCACCGACACCCCGGGCCAGCGCGGAGCUCCGCCGGGCUCCCCCGGGCCCUGCCGCGGGCACAGCCGGCGCCCGCAGCGCUGCUGCUCGUCCCUGCGGCCGCGGCGGCUCCGGCGGCUCCGGCAUCCACCGGCCGGCAGCGAAAACCCGGAGACUUCCACCCGGGAGAGCCCAGUGGCCGGGGAAGCGUCUCCCCGGCUGGGCGAGGCCCGUCGGGAGCCUCCGCUCAGGCUCGCACCGCACCCGAUGCCUCUCCGAGCGGGGCUGGGGGCGAAUUCAGCCCACGGCGCUCAGCGCCCCGCGGCCGCUGGCAGCGCUCCGCGGCCGGCGCUCCCCAGGCAACAGUUGGCCGUGUCCCUCCGGGCCCCCCCCGACACCGCCCGCAGCCCCGGCGGUGACCCGGGGCCGGGGAGCGGGCACAAAGGCGGCUGA